UCACCUUCAAACACCGGAAUCAACUGAUAGAACGUUAAAUAGCUCAUACUGUAAUUGACUUGUCAGUUCAUCCUCUGAAAGUUUGUGGAGUCGCUUGUUGUUCUUUCUAAUACAAAAUGGGAGCCUGUAUGGCUUUGUGUUCUCUUGCGAGCUGUGCCUCGUGUUUGUGUGGCUCUGCUCCAUGUCUGCUCUGUGGCUGUUGUCCUUCUUCCAAUAACUCCACCGUCACUCGGCUGCUCUUCUCUUUCUUCCUUCUGCUGGGGACACUGGUGUCUGUAAUCAUGAUCUUGCCUGGCAUGGAGACGCAGCUCCGCAAGAUUCCUGGCUUUUGUCAAGGAGGAACCACAAUACCAGGGAUCGAGAACCAUGUCAAUUGCGAUGUGAUUGUAGGCUACAAAUCAGUGUACCGCAUGUGUUUUGCUAUGGCAUGCUUCUUUUUCCUUUUUUCUGCAAUCAUGAUUCGUGUAAAGAGCAGUAAAGACCCUCGUGCUGCUAUUCAGAAUGGGUUCUGGUUCUUCAAGUUUCUGAUACUUGUUGGCAUCACUGUCGGAGCCUUUUUCAUUCCGGAUGGAACAUUUCAUGAUGUUUGGUUCUACUUUGGUAUUGUGGGCUCCUUCAUGUUCAUCCUGAUCCAGCUCAUCCUCCUGAUCGACUUUGCCCACUCCUGGAAUGAAGUGUGGGUGAGGAAUGCUGAGGAAGGCAACAGCAAGUGUUGGUUCUCAGGUCUGUUGUUCUUCACUAUCCUGCAUUACGCCCUGGCCUUUGCUGCAAUCGUGCUGUUUUAUCUCUACUACACCAAACCUGACAACUGCACCGAACACAAGUUCUUCAUCAGCUUCAACCUUAUUCUCUGCGUCAUCAUAUCGGUGCUUUCCAUUCUGCCUAAAGUGCAGGAUGCCUCACCUCAGUCUGGUCUGCUUCAGUCCUCUAUUAUUACUAUGUACACUAUGUACGUCACCUGGUCCGCCAUGACCAAUAAUCCUAGUAAGUCACAUGCAAAAAAAACCUCAGAAAAUAUUUACUGUCUGACUUUUUUUCUCUCUUUUUAUUUUAUGAGCUUUCAUUUCGUUCCUACUCAGGUUGAUGCAAUUUUUGACCGUGAAUGUAACCCUAGUUUGCUCAGCCUGGUGUCCAAUAUCAGCACAACUGAAGCCAUGCCCACAAGCUCCCCUGGAAUGGUGCAGUGGUGGGAUGCUCAAGGCAUUGUGGGACUGGUUAUCUUCCUCUUCUGCACCUUUUAUGCCAGCAUCCGUUCAUCCAGUAACGCUCAGGUGAACAGGCUGAUGCAGACGGAGGAGGGGAAGGGCACUGUGGGAGGAGAGGAGGUGGGGAAAGACGGACUGCGGCGUGUCGUGGAUAAUGAAGAGGACGGGGUCACAUACAACUAUUCCUUUUUCCACUUCCACCUCUUACUGGCCUCUCUCUACAUUAUGAUGACACUCACUAACUGGUACAAACCUGAUACAACCACUCAGGCCAUGCAGAGCACUAUGCCUGCAGUGUGGAUAAAGAUCAGCUCCAGCUGGCUGGGUCUGGGGCUCUACCUGUGGACGCUUGUGGCUCCUGUUAUUUUCCCCAAUCGAGACUUCAACUGAGCUUGAGUGGGUGAGACUCUCUCACCUAUUCAAACUGCUCAUGUUUGUGUUGUGUUAGAAAUAUCGCAAUCUCCAAAAACCAUUAAAUCGUCAAGACUUAAAGCAAUUCAAAUCUGAAACAGAUGAUUAGUGACUAGUCUCAUAGGGCUGGUAGGUACUUAGUCAUUUAAAAAAUGCAUGGACAACAACAAAAGUAUAUGAUGCCAUGACAAGUAUUUAAAAACGCAAAAAUGACACUAAAGUCUGUUUCAGUUGUUCAGUACAUUGACACAUGGCAUGUGAGGAUUACUGCUGUGCAGAAAGAUGCCAUUCACCACUAGAUUUUCUUGUCUUCUCAGUACUGACACCUGAAGCACACAUAUUUUUUUUAAGUAAUAUAGCUGCGCAAAAAUGUCAUUUAAAAGUAAUGCUCGAGUGAACAGCAUAUUCCGUUUUGCUUUGAUUCCUCCAUCCUUUAUCUCAUACUCGCGUCCUUAAGAUCUUAAGAUAAAGGAGCUAUACUGCAAGUAAAGUAAAGUGGAUGGACAAUUAAUGAAAUGAGAAGCAGCCUUUUUGCUUAAUGAAUGAUUCACUGCUGUCUCCCUUCUUGCACUGUUCAAAUGUUUGGCAUG